GUGGGCGCGGUGUCGCCGCGCAUGCGCCGCGGGGGCGUCCUCGUCUCCUAGCAACGGCCGAAGGACCGGUCAUGGCUUCGGCCGUGAGGGAGGAGGAGGCGGCGGCCCAGGCCUACCUCAGCCAGCACCGCAUCCCGGACCUGUUGGGCGGCCUCACCAGCAGCGUCCUCUACCACCGGCCAGGCAAGACCCCCGACCCCCCCCUCACCCUCCACCAGUGCUUGUCGAGCCCCGGCGAGCGCCCAAUAAAUGAGAGGCUGAGAGAAUUUUUAAUAAGUCUGCUUGAACGAAUCAAGAUUGCGAGAAUGACAGGGGUGGCUUACCCUUACCUUAUGGAUAACUCGAAUUUGACCUCUAUGUUUGAGAUGAUGGACCCUUCAAAGCAAGGCUACAUCACCUCCGUACAGCUCAGAGAAGCUCUCCAAACCCUGGGUCUGCCCACCGAAGAUGAGUCUUUUCCUGAUGGUGAAAGAAUCACCAUAGAAAGAUUCAUAAGUGAAGUGAACAAGAAGCGUCUGGCUACGUGUUCCAGGUUUUAAUUGGCCACCCUUUAACCGUGAAGAGAAAUGCUGGGGCAAAAAUGCCUCAUUUUUGUGAAUAAAAUAACGUUUACGAUGGAGUGAAAAA